AUGAAUACCUCAAAUUAGUACAAUCUGACCCGUUCGAAUUGCCCACAUAUACACCCUGCCGGUCUUUGUUGUUGGCUCGUUGCGGAAAGAUCAUAAACAAUCCGAUGGUUGAUCCCGGUAGUUUGGGGACUGCUUUCAAGUGCGCGAUUACGUUUGCUAUCCAGUGGAGCAUUCCGAGGUUGCUGUUUGUAGUGCUAGUGGUGUUCAUUAACAUAAUCGGUUCAAUAUUGCAGCUAAAUGAGAACUACAUGAAAAUCAAGUGAGAAAUUAAUUGUAGUGAGGCGAAAAUAUGAGCGUCCUCCGGAGGCCCUUUGUGGCUGUGCUGGUGCUGUGUCUCGUGACGUCCCUACUGCUGGCCCAGAGCAACGAUGGCGGAGGAGAACGGCUAAUGAGUCAUGUGGAGAAGCAGCGGUACGAUGGAUGGUACAACAAUUUGGCCCACCCGGACUGGGGAGCUGUUGAUAAUCAUCUAACGAGGAAGGCACCACCGGCCUACUCCGACGGCGUUUACGUCCUAGCCGGGUCAAGCCGACCUUCGCCUCGGAAGCUGAGUAGGCUGUUCAUGCGGGGCAAAGAUGGGCUGCCCUCCAUGCACAAUCGCACUGCCAUCCUGGCCUUCUUCGGUCAGGUCGUUACCAACGAGAUUGUUAUGGCCUCCGAGUCAGGCUGCCCCAUUGAAAUGCAUCGAAUCGAAAUUGAGAAGUGUGACGAAAUGUACGACCGCGAGUGCCGUGGCGAUCGAUACAUUCCGUUUCACCGGGCGGCCUACGAUAGAAACACCGGCCAGAGUCCUAAUGCACCCAGGGAACAAAUCAAUCAGAUGACAGCGUGGAUCGACGGUAGCUUCAUCUACAGUACGUCCGAAGCGUGGUUGAAUGCUAUGCGAGCGUUUCAGGACGGUUUGCUGCUGACCGAUAAAGACGGCACGAUGCCGGUGAAAAACACGAUGCGAGUGCCGCUGUUCAACAACCCGGUGCCGCAUGUGAUGCGAAUGCUGAGCCCAGAGAGAUUGUAUCUUCUGGGCGAUCCACGAACGAAUCAAAAUCCCGCCUUACUCACGUUUGCCAUUCUGCUUUUGCGUUGGCAUAAUGUGGUCGCCAAGAGGGUCCGAAAGCAGCAUCGCGAUUGGACUGAUGAGGAAAUUUUCCAGCGAGCCCGGAGAGUUGUAGUAGCUAGUUUACAGAAUGUGAUAACCUACGAAUAUCUGCCAGCAUUUUUAGAUGCCGAACUGCCACCUUAUACGGGUUACAAGGCCGAUACUCACCCAGGCGUGAGUCACAUGUUCCAAGCUGCCGCGUUUCGUUUCGGACAUUCGUUGAUUCCGCCCGGUUUGUUCCGAAGGAAUGGAAGGUGUGACUUCCGCAAAACGAACAUGGACUAUCCGGCACUGAGAUUGUGUUCCUCGUGGUGGAAUUCGAAUGACGUACUGGACGACACCCCCAUCGAGGAGUUCCUGAUGGGCAUGGCGUCACAGAUCGCCGAGCGCGAAGAUCCACUGCUGUGCUCAGACGUGCGGGAUAAACUGUUCGGUCCCAUGGAGUUCUCCCGGCGGGAUCUGGGAGCGCUCAACAUCAUGCGCGGCAGAGACAACGGACUGCCCGAUUACAAUACAGCUAGAGUUGCAUACAAACUACCAAAGAAGAAAACGUGGCGCGAUAUCAAUCCAGAGGUGUUCGAACGACAGCCAGAACUGUUGAAUUUGCUAAUUGAAACAUACGAAAACCGAUUGGACAACGUAGAUGUAUACGUUGGAGGAAUGUUGGAGUCUGAUGGAAAGCCAGGAGAACUGUUCACUGCCGUGAUCAUUGAUCAAUUCACACGGGUCCGAGAUGCCGAUCGGUUUUGGUUCGAGAAUGAGGAUAACGGAAUUUUCACUAAAGAAGAAAUUGCUGAAUUGCGCAAAAUCACAAUGUGGGACAUAAUCGUCAACAGUACGGAUAUUGAUCCGGAUGAGAUCCAGAAGGAUGUCUUCCACUGGAGUGAAGGUGAUCCUUGUCCACAACCAGAGCAGCUGAAUGCUACUUUGCUCGAGCCAUGUAACUAUCUGGAGGGGUACGAUUACUUCUCCGGAUCGGAACUGGCGUACAUUUAUUCGUGUGUAUUCCUCGGAUUUGUGCCCAUCCUAUGUGCUGGUGCUGGAUACUGUGUCAUCAAGUUACAGAACAGUCGCCGUCGCAAGUUGAAGAUUAAGCAAGAAGCGUUGAAGAAUGCUGGAAACAGCAAGCAAUCUGUUGAGAAGAUGGUAGCCCGGGAAUGGCUGCACGCGAAUCACAAACGCUUGGUAACGGUGAAAUUUGGACCCGAAGCAGCGAUCUACACGGUUGAUCGCAAAGGGGAGAAACUACGAACAUUCAGUUUAAAAAAUGUGGAUGUCGUUACCGUGGAGCAAUCACAAGAAAACUACAAGAAAAAGAAACCAUACAUUUUGCUCAGGGUACCAAGCGAUCAUGAUCUUGUCUUGGAGUUGGAAUCAAAUUCCGCUCGUCGAAAGUUUGUGAAGAAGUUGGAAGAUUUCUUGCUUCUGCAUAAGAAGGACAUGACAUUUGUGGAGGUACCGAGAGACAUUAUGUUGGCGAAGGCCGAAACACGUGAGCGUCGUCAGAAGCGGCUGGAGCAUUUCUUCCGCGAGGCAUACGCGUUGACGUUCGGAUUGCGGCCGGGUGAACGUCGUCGAAGGUCGGACGCAUCAGUGGACGGAGAAGUGAUGACCGUCAUGAGAACCAGCCUGUCGAAGUCUGAAUUUGCCGCUGCUCUGGGAAUGAAGCCCGAUGAUAUGUUCGUCAGGAAGAUGUUUAACAUUGUCGACAAGGAUCAGGAUGGAAGAAUUUCUUUCCAGGAAUUCUUGGAAACGGUGGUGCUAUUUUCACGAGGUAAAACGGAUGAUAAGCUGAGAAUCAUUUUUGACAUGUGCGACAAUGACCGCAACGGAGUGAUUGAUAAGGGAGAGCUGAGUGAAAUGAUGCGUUCGCUGGUGGAGAUUGCACGAACGACGAGCGUGACGGACACUCAAGUAAAGGAGUUGAUUGAUGGAAUGUUCCAGGAUGUUGGAUUAGAGCACAAGAAUCAUCUCACGUAUCAGGAUUUCAAGCUGAUGAUGAAAGAGUACAAGGGUGACUUUGUUGCCAUCGGUUUGGACUGUAAGGGAGCGAAGCAGAAUUUCUUGGACACUUCAACGAAUGUGGCGCGUAUGACUUCGUUCCAUAUUGAGCCACCUUCUGAUGCCCGCCGAAAUUGGAUGCAGGAAAAGUGGGAUAGCUAUACAACGUUUCUGGAGGAGAACCGGCAAAAUAUCUUCUAUUUGUUUUUGUUCUACGUGAUUACUAUUGUGCUGUUUGUCGAGAGGUUCAUUCAUUAUUCUUUCAUGGCUGAACACACAGAUCUUAGACACAUCAUGGGGGUUGGAAUAGCUAUCACCCGAGGUUCAGCCGCUUCAUUAUCCUUCUGUUACUCAUUGUUAUUACUCACGAUGUCAAGAAAUCUCAUCACCAAGUUGAAGGAAUUCCCCAUCCAACAGUACAUCCCGCUGGAUUCGCAUAUCCAGUUCCACAAGAUUGCCGCUUGCACGGCACUGUUCUUCUCGUUGUUGCACACCGUUGGUCAUAUCGUUAACUUCUACCAUGUAUCUACGCAGUCCAUCGAGAAUCUCAAAUGUCUCACCAAGGAAGUGCAUUUCACUUCCGAUUACCGGCCGGACAUUACCUACUGGUUGUUCCAAACAGUUACAGGUGUCACUGGAGUCAUGUUGUUUGUUAUAAUGUGUAUUAUAUUCGCGUUUGCGCACUCCACAAUCCGAAAGAAGGCCUACAAGUUCUUCUGGAACGCCCAUUCAUUGUACAUAGUAUUGUACGCGCUUUGCCUUAUUCAUGGCUUGGCGCGUCUCACAGGAGCACCUCGGUUCUGGCUGUUCUUUAUUGGACCCGGCAUUGUUUACACUCUGGAUAAGAUCGUUUCCCUACGAACAAAGUAUAUGGCGCUGGACGUCAUUGAAACGGAUUUGCUACCCUCGGAUGUAAUCAAGAUAAAGUUCUACCGACCUCCAAAUCUAAAAUAUCUUUCCGGCCAGUGGGUCCGAUUGUCCUGUACAGAAAUCAAGCCCGAGGAAAUGCACAGUUUCACGUUAACUUCUGCACCGCACGAGAACUUCCUCAGCUGUCACAUUAAAGCGCAAGGACCAUGGACGUGGAAGCUGCGAAACUAUUUCGACCCGUGCAAUUACAACCCCGAUGAUCAACCGAAGAUUCGGAUCGAAGGGCCAUUCGGCGGUGGUAACCAGGAUUGGUACAAGUUUGAGGUGGCCGUGAUGGUGGGCGGUGGUAUUGGAGUUACCCCUUAUGCUUCGAUCUUGAAUGAUUUGGUAUUUGGAACGAGUACCAAUAGGUACUCGGGAGUGGCCUGUAAGAAGGUGUACUUCCUGUGGAUUUGUCCCUCACACAAACAUUUUGAGUGGUUCAUAGACGUCCUGCGGGACGUGGAGAAGAAGGACGUUACCAAUGUGCUGGAAAUUCACAUCUUCAUCACACAAUUCUUCCAUAAGUUCGAUCUGCGAACGACAAUGCUGUAUAUUUGCGAAAACCACUUCCAGCGUCUAUCGAAAACGUCCAUGUUCACAGGUCUGAAGGCCGUGAACCAUUUCGGGCGUCCUGAUAUGUCUAGUUUCCUUAAAUUCGUACAGAAGAAGCACUCCUAUGUAUCUAAAAUAGGUGUGUUCUCGUGUGGGCCUCGGCCCCUCACCAAGAGCGUCAUGUCGGCGUGUGACGAAGUCAACAAGGGUAGAAAGUUGCCAUAUUUCAUCCACCACUUCGAAAACUUUGGCUAAGCCAAGCAGAGCGAUGAACAUUUUCAUUAAAAAAAGAACUUACCACCACACCCUUCGAUUGCUCAUUUAGGAUUUUAUUAUUUUGUCAAUUUUAUGUUUUUAUUUGUUAAGCCUAGCGAAGUUACACCUGCGAUCCUUAGGAUAAAUUAUCAAUUUCCCUAGUGUUAAGAAGUUAAGCUGAGUAUGUGUAAAGUUUUCCCGUUACAGAUGUCGGUUUGUGUCAAAAUGUGUCGUCGUGAAUAAAGUAUUAGCUUCUCGUGCCUCAAAGGACCCCGAAGCGUAUUUAUUUGAUUGUUAAUUUUGUUCAAGCGAAAAGAUAUUCAUCGAUAAGCAAUGUGCUUCGUUUCAGUGUUGAGCACAAACGAUCUAAUCCAUUGUCCAGUGCAUCAUUUACAAAUUGAUAAUGAAACGUUAGUGAUAUUACCGUUAAUUCGCCUGAGAGAACAAAUGCAUUCCAGUUGUGCAAACGAUAACCCUUUUGUACAUCGAAUUAGUAUAAGAGACACUUACCACUGCACGAUGCCGAAUUACCAAGCAUCGAUGUAAGCCGCAUGAUCAACUGCCCGAUUUCAUACAACGAAUGAAGAAACCAUCAGUGAACUAGUUUUUAAAGAUAGAUAUCUUUUAAGUACUGUUAUCAGAACUGUCGUGAAUCACAAGUCAUUUCCACCUAUGAAAAAUACACAAAUAUUAAAAUAAAAACAAAUAAAUAAUUAACGAAACUUUCAGAAAUUCCAUACAAAGGCAAAUGCAAUUGAGACCCAAAAUGAUAUUAUUGAUUAUGACGAAAAUACACAUGGGACUGACUUGUGAUUGGCGGCAGUACAACUCGUUGAAAUUUCCAAUACUGCUAAGCUUUUCCGAUACGGUGUUUCUAUUAUUCCCAAUGAUGUUCUAUUUGCUUUGCCAUGGAAGGAAAUUUUCGACAAUUUCGAAAAAAUGUUCAUCUUCUUUCCAUUUAGUCGUGUAAUUUAUCGAUAAUACAUACUGUAUGUGUUGUAAAUAGCUUUGUCAGCAAAUCUGUAUUUAUUACCGCAAUUGAAUAAGAUGCUAGUGGAAAUUUA